AUGGUUAUACAAUUUUUAACUGUGUUUUCUUUUCUCCUACUCGUUAUUAUUAAUAUUGAUAUUAAUCACGCGAAAUCCAUUAAUGUUGUUGAACACGUGCCAAAUGAUCUUGCUGUAAAUGAAUCUAAUAAUCAAUCAUGGCACACAACAACAGAACAAACUUUAAUUCGAAUAACUCGCUUGGAUCUACAUGUUCCGGAACCACCAGCAAUAGCUCGUGUUCGUCGUGGAUCGUAUGAUCCUGAAGAAAUUUGGGGAAUGGCUAAAACGGUUGCUAUUUCUGUGUUCGUCCUUAUUGCUGUCUGUAUCGUAUGCUGUCUUGUAACGACAAUCUAUAUUUGUAUUAAAUGCUGCUGUGGUGGUGGUAGUGACCGAAAAAGAAAUCAAGGUUUUCACAGCGUGCCUCAACCAAUCGUUAUUCAAACAAGUCCUGCCAAUUAUCACCCACAAGUCUAUCAACAACAAGCUCCACCUUCCCAACCCACAUGGGCUCUAGAGAAUCAUCCCAUGUUACCUCAACCAAGUGCUCCACCACAACCAGCAGACGAUUUUCACAUGGAACGACCACCACCCUAUGAGAAAAUAUGCGGCAAUUCAUAA